GCGGGGCUUGCUCGCUGAUAGAUUGAAAUGAACAGCUGAGAGCGAGCUAAGGGAAUAUAGCGCAGCGGAUUGACUAAAAGAAGAAACGAGUAAAACAUGAAAUAAUCGAGCGCAUAACAGAAGAAAUCUCACAGGAGGCACGUGUGCGCGCACGAUGCGUGUUUCAAAAAUAGCUAUGAUGAAGCGCGCGCUCAACGACACUGAGAGGUUUUCUUUAUAACGGUCUGUUUUCAACGAUGAUCACAUUUAUUAAUCGGAUGAUGAGAAAAUGCAGCAAAGCCUCCUCGACUGAUCCGAAGAUUGCGGAGACAAUAAAAAAACACACAGGACGACACUGAAUAUUGCGGCUGCACGAGACGAAAUGUGACAUCUCAGACACGCGCAUUGAAAGAUCGAUCACAACAGACGCUCGAAUCUCUUACGGUUUCAUCUCUUUUCCCACAUUCAUCAAGGCAGUGGUCUUGCCACCGAGUUUUUCUCACUAAGGUUAACUGUUUGUCCUGCUGUUUGAAUCCAGAUGGCAUUAUUUCAUGUGAUGAUCAUACUCCUCACUGGGCUGGAUGUGAGUUUGUCCCAAGAAGAGAAGCCGACUGUCCCACGGGGCUGCGGUUUUGGUCCGAGCCGACCCUUCACUCCUUUAUGUGACCUGGAUGCCAUGUGGGGCGUGGUGGUGGAGGCUGUAGCAGCGUCUGGUGUAUUAGCUGCUAUCCUGCUGGCGCUGGUGUUGCUGUGUCGCCUGCGCUCAGUCACCGAGGCACAGAAGCGGAGUGGCAUUGGAUUGAUUCUCCUGCUAUUGUUUGGUAUUGUCGGUCUGUAUGGGCUCAGCUUUGGAUAUCUUAUUGAGGCCAACGAGAGCCUUUGUGUGGUGCGCCGUGCCCUGUGGGGGAUGUUUUUCGCCCUAUGCUUUUCCUGCAUGUUAGCACAGGGUGUGAGGCUGCGCAGGCUCGCCCGUGAGUCUCGUACCCCAGGUGGGUGUACUCUCGUGGGAUUAGCGCUAGGGCUGACGGCAGUACAGGGUAUCAUCGCUGCAGAGUGGCUUCUCCUAACAGUGCUCAGGGAGGGUCACCCAGCUUGCCAGUACCAGCCCCUGGACUUUACCCUUGCCUGUUCCUACGUGCUGGCGCUCCUGCUAGCCGCUCUGGUAACCGCUGGGCUGGCACUGUGUGGGAAGACACGAAAGUGGCGGUGUAAUGCCGUAUGGCUUCUGGUCUCCUGCUCGUCGUCCGUUCUCCUGUGGGUGGCUUGGGUCGGCUUCUACAUCUACGGAAACCAAACGCUCGGCAAGUCUCCGGAGUGGGACGACCCGUCGUUGGCCGUGGCGCUGGUGGCACAGGGCUGGCUGUUGUUGCUCUGCCACGCUGCUCCUGAAGCUCACGCCUGUCUGCAAGCACCACCUCAGCCUUUGGCUCCAGACUAUUUUGACACGUCCCAAAAUUCUUCACGCAUGAGGGAGGCCAGUCUUGAAGAAGACAUCCCACUUUCACACAGGCAGUUUGUGGAGAACCAGGGAUAUGCUUUUGAUGAAAACACUGCAGGGUUAAGGAGCGGCAGCCAUCAUAAUGGCAGCACAGGGGCCAGACCCAGCGCACCGUUCAGAAGUAAUGUCUACCAACCUACUGAGAUGACCAUGAUACUGAAUGGAGGAGCAGUUCCAUCUGCCCCUCCCACAUACACAGGAAGACAACUCUGGUAGAGGAGAAGUAUUGGAGGAAGAUUGGAAACGGAAACACGACGUACGAUCAUGAACUACAGUAAAAAAUCCCUAAAGUGAAGGACGUUUAGUUUGGCACAAUGUCCACUGGCUACCAGCACUGCUGUGUGUGUGUGUGUGUGUGUGCGUGUGUGUGUGUGCGUGCGUGUGUGUGUGUGUGUGACAAGAGUUUGCUAUAGCAGAACAAAUCCCUGAUAUAGACAAUAAAUCAACUGAUUGUGAGUUAGUAAACUAAUAUAUUGAUGCAGUUCAAGUGUUUUUUAUUAAAAGAAACACAAGUUUUAUGAUGGUAACUUAAUAAGGAACUGUUAAAUAAUACAUGGUAUGAAUAGAAAAGACUGAUAGUCUGACUAUCAAACUACCUAUCAGAUGUGUCUUCUAACAUCACUGAAUGACACAAUAACCUGCACAAAUAUAAGAAAAACAGCUUUAUAACAACUAAUCAUCUAAAAUAAUUAACCAAAUAAUGUUAAGAAAUAAUUCAAAUCAUAUGCCAGCAAUUUAAUUUUCUAAAUUCACUCACUAUCGCCAGCAAAAAAUAAAAUAAAAUAAAGUGGACCCUGGUGGUAAACAGAAAUAUUAACCUCAAUUGUGCCAUUAAGUAGUAAACCGCUUUAGGUUUUUUAUGAGCUCAUCUCAGAUCAGCUGUUUGUGUUCAAAAGAAAGUGAUGUUUGUAAACAUACAUGGUGGUAUAAUGCGGCAGGCACCUGUAUAUAACUGAUCUCUGUGUGUCCGGAUGGUUUUUAUGAAGUGUAUUUAACUGCUGUCACUGCAUUAUCAGAGAUCUUUACUGUUGUGAUCUGGUUACUUCAUUUUGUUUUCAUAAUUCUGACAGUUUUCUCUACAGUGAUGAUGUUGUUAGUCAGUUGUUUUCUUUAAAGCUGCAAUCCGUAACUUUUUUGGAUAAAAAUAAAAAAACGAGUUUUUAAGCAAGUAAACAGUCAUCGUUUAAAACGUAUAAAAUAUAAUAAUGAUGUGUUUUCACGUUCAUGAUUUAUACGUUGAGCUGCGGGGGGUCAAGUUUCCGCACAUGUAAACAUAAGUAAUCUGCAAUUUUAUGUUUCAAGCAGAGAUGGCGAUAGAGAAGUUAUGAAUUGCAGCUUUAAAUAUAAAGUGAAAAUGUGUGUGGUUGCUGUUUGCUCCUAACACUGUAUCUUUCUGAAAGAGACCUUGUGUCCUGCUUACCGUAUUAAACAGUUUAAUGGUAGUUUUCACACCACCAAACUUUUUCAUUACUACUUCAACCCAAAAUCCGAGGCAAAGUUUGAUUUCUGCACGUUGGUCUGUUUUGUCAUGUAUUAUUGACUCUGAAUCAUUGUACAAUAUGUUUGUGUCAUAAACCUCACUGAUAGCACCUGCUAACCACUGGUCAGGAGAGAAGUUGGAGUCACUGUGUUUUGUGCGUAUAUACGUUGAACAGGGCCACCACUAGAAUUCAUGGUGUCAAGGACAAAGUUAAAGGGUCCAUCUAUGGUAUAACCCUCAUACAUUCAUCCAGCAGUGAAGAUGUGUUUUAAGAUUAACCACACACACGGCUGUAUUGUAAGAAAUGUUACAGCAGCGUGCUGCUAUACAAAGACACAUUAUUGCAGAUACAUAAUUAAUAGCUUUAAUUCUGUGAGUUACAAUGGAUUACUUUUAAACUGCUUUUGGCCCAGACCUAUUGAUUUUGAUUUAGUGUACAAGAAGCAGAAGUAGUAGACUGGUGUACACCUGACUUUGAGAAAGUAUAUAUAUAAAUAAAUAAAAAUAUAUACAUACACUCACCUAAAGGAUUAUUAGGAACACCAUACUAAUACUGUGUUUGACCCACUUUCGCCUUCAGAACUGCCUUUAUUCUACGUGGCAUUGAUUCAACAAGGUGCUGAAAGCAUUCUUUAGAAAUGUUGGCCCAUAUUGAUAGGAUAGCAUCUUGCUGUUGAUGGAGAUUUGUGGGAUGCACAUCCAGGGAACAAAGCUCCCGUUCCACCACAUCCCAAAGAUGCUCUAUUGGGUUGAGAUCUGAUGACUGUGGGGGCCAUUUUAGUACAGUGAACUCAUUGUCAUGUUCAAGAAACCAAUUUUAAAUGAUUCAAGCUUUGUGACAUGGUGCAUUAUCCUGCUGGAAGUAGCCAUCAGAGGAUGAGUACAUGGUGGUCGUAAAGGGAUGGACAUGGUCAGAAACAAUGCUCAGGUAGGCCGUGGAAUUUAAAUGAUGCCCAAUUGGCACUAAGGGGCCUAAAGUGUGCCAAGAAAACAUCCCCCACACCAUUACACCACCACCACCAGCCUCCACAGUGGUAACAAGGCAUGAUGAAUCCAUGUUCUCAUUCUGUUUAUGCCAAAUUCUGACUCUGCCAUCUGAAUGUCUCAACAGAAAUCGAGACUCAUCAGACCAGGCAACAUUUUUCCAGUCUUCAACUGGCCAAUUUUGGGGAGCUCGUGCAAGUUGUAGCCUCUUUUUCCUAUUUUGGAGAUGAGUGGUACCCGGUGGGGUCUUCUGCUGUUGGAGCCCAUCUGCCUCAAGGUUGUGCGUGUUGUGGCUUCACAAAUGCUUUGCUGCAUACCUCGGUUGUAACGAGUGGUUAUUUGAGUUCAAGUUGUUCUUCUAUCAGCUACAAUCAGUUGGCCUAGAAAUGGUUGUGCAUGAAAAUCCCAGUAACUGAGCAGAUUGUGAAAUACUCAGACCGGCCCGUCUGGCACCAACAACCAUGCCAAGCUCAAAAUUGCUUAAAUGACCUUUCUUUCCCAUUCUGAUAUUCAGUUUGGAGUUCAGGAGAUUGUCUUUACCAGGACCACAACCCUAAAUGCAUUGAAGCAACUGCCAUGUGAUUGGUUGAUUAAAUAAUUGCAUUAAUGAGAAAUUAAACAGGUGUUCCUAAUAAUCCUUUAGGUGGGUGUGUGGAAUAUGGAAGUCUAGUCUGCACAUUGUCUCUUUGUCCAAGCAUGAUUGAGUGAAUCUUAAAACAGCAUAGUCGUUAUCAUUCAAUCAUUUCUCUGGAGCCGACAGUUGACCCCAGAGGUCUGUGCUAAACAUUGUUGAGUAUUUAAGAUUAACUGCACUUUUGUACUGGGUUUUUGACCUUAACUUAACCAGUGUAGUACUAUUCUCUGAACCUACUGCAUCAUUAAUUCACAAACACUGCAUGCAUCAUUUUAUGGAGGUGGUGCUAUUAAAAGUUAAAAAUGCUGUAUUUCUAUAGUAAAUUACUUGAAAUUCUAGAAAAUUGUCUGAUUGUCUGAUUAUUUUCUAACAUGCCUGAUUUAUCUGCUUACCAAUCGCUAUCUGACUCGAAGUGGUGAAUGGCGGUCAAAUAUUUCUGACUU